ACCACAUUUCCCAGCGGGCCCUGCAGGCCUCCGGCGCUUGCGCACUGGUAGCGUAGAGACCCGCGGAACUCCCGCGCUCUCCGGCCACCCCGCACCGCCUGGCUUCAGCCGAGGGCAUGGAGGGAGUCGCCGCGGUGACCGCGGGUAACGAGAGCGCGGGCGGAGCCGAGCGACCCGCGGCAAUGCCGCCCCCGCCUCCCAUCUCCCCGCCCUCCCUCACCCCCGCGCCCGCGCCCGGUGAGGACGGCCCGCUGCCUUUGCCUGAGGCAGGGGCUCCCGGCUGCUCGGGCUCCCGGCCCCCGGAGCUGGAGCCGGAGCGCAGCCUGGGCGGUUUCAGAGGCCACUUCGAGGACGAGGAUGAGGAGCUGGAGGAGGAUGAGGAGCUGGAUGAGGAAGAGGAGGAGGAGGAGGAAGAGAUGAGCCACUUCUCGCUGAGGCUGGAGGGGGGCCGGCCGGACUCGGAGGAUGAGGAGGAGCGCCUGAUUAAUCUUUCUGAGCUGACCCCUUACAUCUUGUGUUCCAUUUGCAAAGGUUACUUAAUAGAUGCAACCACCAUUACAGAAUGUCUUCAUACAUUUUGUAAAAGCUGCAUUGUAAGACAUUUUUACUAUAGCAACCGAUGUCCAAAAUGCAACAUAGUAGUACAUCAGACACAACCUCUUUAUAACAUAAGGUUGGACCGACAGUUACAAGACAUAGUGUACAAAUUAGUGAUCAAUCUAGAGGAAAGAGAAAAAAAGCAAAUGCAUGAUUUCUAUAAAGAAAGAGGUCUAGAAGUACCUAAACCUGCUGUUCCACAGCCAGUACCUUCAAGCAAAGGAAGAUCUAAGAAAGUCCUGGAAUCGGUAUUUCGCAUUCCACCUGAACUUGAUAUGUCUUUAUUACUGGAGUUCAUUGGUGCUAAUGAAGGCACGGGACAUUUUAAGCCUUUGGAAAAGAAGUUUGUCCGAGUUUCAGGAGAAGCAACUAUUGGGCAUGUAGAAAAGUUCCUCAGAAGAAAAAUGGGUCUUGAUCCAGCUUGUCAGGUAGACAUCAUCUGUGGUGAUCACUUGUUGGAGCAGUAUCAAACUCUAAGGGAAAUCCGACGUGCAAUAGGUGAUGCAGCAAUUCAGGAUGGUCUGCUUGUACUUCAUUAUGGUCUUGUAGUUUCUCCUCUGAAAAUAACUUGAUGAUUCUAGGAGUAUUAAUAGGAGAGAAACAAAGCGAGAAAGCUUCUGCAACACUGCAUCUCACCAAAGAGUUCCAUGAAACAUGUCGUUGCUACCACUUCAUGCUGUUUGAAUUAUAACUAAUCUGUUUUCAGCACCAAGAACCAUAGCAUUUAUAAGUACAAUUUGGAAUGAUAGAAUGCAUCUAUUUUACUAUAUAUUGUAUAUAAAAAGCAUCCACAGCUCAGGGAAGAAAUUCCAAAACAUUCAAUUUUUUAAUUCCUUGGAAUUUCAAGUAAUUCGACAUUGAUUUUGCCUCCUUAUCUUUGAGGCAAAUCACUACACUGAGUCAUAUUCCUUUUAAGUUGGUGGUUGGGAUUCUGCUCUCAGGGAUGGCAUCAGUUGGUUAGUCAUCCUUUUGGUAAACAAAUAUGCUUUUGAACUGAAGAUACAAAGCUAGUCUUUGUUAAACUCCAGGUGUGCUCUCAAACACCAAAAUUAUCGGACACUUUGGACUCCCUCACUUGCACGCAAAGACUUCAGUUUUAAACAUUAUUUUGCCUAAAGUUAACAUUAUAAUGCUUUCUAAAACAGGUAUUUUGUAGAACUUAUUUCAAGCAAAAUUUCCGAAAUUGUUACAGAAUUGGCCAAAGAUUGGCAGUUGUUUGUAGAGAAUUUGUGACUUGUGUGUCUCUCUUCUAACAUUUAAAUAAAAUUUAUUUUAACCUAUUUUGAAAUGUUAGCAUUUAUGAAUUUUUAAAAAAUAACCAAAACCCUUUUAGCCUGGGUGUUUGAAUCGAAUUUAAACUUUGCCAUCAAAUAGAUAUUUAAUAAAUGUCUUUAACUUCACUGAUUGUACUAGAUGCUGUUAUUUGACAAUGGAAAGAGUAGUAGCUAUGGAAUUUAUUGCCUCUUAAAGGUUUCUUCUAUAAAUUACUUAAUGUUAUUUUAUUUGUUCUUGUUCCAUGUUAACAUGUUUUUCAGGGGUCCCCAAGACUACCUUCAAGAUCGAUGAUUAGAAGAACUCACAGAACCCAGAAAAACUGUUAUGUUCAUGGUUAUACUUUACAAUGAAAGAAUACUGAUUUAAAUCACCAAAGGGAAAAGGCACAUAGGGCAAAGUACAGGAGAAACCAGGCACCAACUUCAGUUGUCCUCUCCCAGUGAAGUCUCAUGGACAGCCCUUAUUCUCCCAGCAUCAGUGUAUGACAGCAUGUGUAAAGUGUUGCCAAUUAGGGGAGCUUACCUGAGCCUUGGUUUCUGAGGUUUUCAUUGGGAGUCAGUCAUAUAGGCAUACAGCUAACUGCAUGACUGACCUUUAAGUUCUCAGACCCCAGUACCCCCAGAGGUCAAACUGAUAUAGUAUGGCCCUGGGCCUCCAGGGCAUGCAAAAUGGGCAGUUCACCAUAAAUCACAUUGUUAGCAUAAACAAUCUGGUGUGGCCUAAGAACUCAGGUUUACAAAGACAACAGGCAGGAUAUUCCAAGGUCUCAGAGGUUGUCUCCCAGGAGCUAGUCAAGGGCCAGUCCUGAAGACCUUUGGAAUGUGUAGGGUUUAGGCAAUCCAGGCCUGCUAAGUUAAACCUUUUCUGUACAAUAUCCUAUGUCAAAAAUUCAGGAUUUAGAAACUGAGGUAUGUCACCUUACAUAACUAGAUCUUUAGUAGGUACUUAGAAUGUCUCAUUUCUAAUAAGAAAGUUGAUGGAUAAAGAGAAGAGAUGUUAGUUUUUAAAGAUUGUUGUCUUUAAUACCUAGGUAUGGUUAUUUUCACAUACCAAAGUUUUUACCAACUGUUUUAAGGAAGAGAGUUUAUCCCCCCAGAGGAUCUACUGCAGACUUCAAGUAAGCAUUCACCUUCCCCCUAUUUUCCUCGAAUGAGUAUCCCCAUUCACAAUGUAUAGUAACAUGGGAAAAUAUCUUUAAAUAGAAUGUAAAAUAUAAUUAUUUGAUAAACUUAUGCAAAUGAACAAGUUAGAAGUGCCUGAUUGUUGACAUGUGGACAACAAGUUUAAAAUAAAACAGGGGUAGUCUGCUUUCCAGGACCAUAGUCUGUGAUUGUAUACAUGUCUCUAAGAAUCUAAUAAAAGGCAGAUACUGCUAAGUGCUAUAAAAGACACUAAAAGCUCAACCCCCCCCCACCCCCAUUUCUUCCUGGACUUUGACCUCCAAGAAUCCCAAAGAACUAAGUAGAUACCCGGGGUUGUAUCUACCUGGCCUGUUCUUACUACCAGGCAAUAAACUAAGUAAGGAUGCUGACUGAUUGGUUUAUAAAUCUGCAACCACUCCCCAAACCAAUGUGAUCUUGGGCUACAUCAACAGAAAUACGGUUUCAGAUCAAGGGAGUUAAUUCUAAUCUCUACUACAUCUUGUGUUCAGUUCUGGAGAGGGUUUCCAGUAGAGGGCCAUAGGAAGUGGGACAAUGAGGGGAGAACUCUAGAAACCAAAAAACAAGAGUAGAGUUGAGCAACUAUAGAUGAUUAAAUUGGAAAAGAGAAAACUUAUUUGAGGGUGAGAAGUCAAUACAUGAUAACUAUCUUAAAAUAAUCAGAGAGUAAAAGUUUUAUAUGGGAGAUAAGCAUAACCGAGAAUGAACAAAAGUCCUAUCUUGAUUCAUUCAGGUUUCCACAUUUACCUGCUCCCAUUUCACCAUCAAUAAAAUUACACACAGCUUGGACAUGGUUUAGCCUAGCUGCUACCACCAGCAACAUGCAUUUAGUUUAGCUUAAAUAAAGUUAAAUUUUUUUCAAAAAGAAUUUUUACUAGGAACGUUAAGUGGAAACAAAACUAAAUACCCAAAUCUGCACAAAUGUUUAGAAGUAGAGUAUAUAACCUGCAAAUUUCAGAGCCUAACUAAUGGCUAAAGAAAGAUUUGAUUGACAUGGCUUGCAGGUCCCUUUGUUUUUGCCUAAGCGCUAUCUGAGGCGAUAGAUACUAAGCAAAGAUCCCCAGUCGUUUAGUUUGUGGUGGAUGUAGUUCGGCAGAAUGCAUGCUUGGCAUUAGAUACCAAGUCAUUUCCUCUAGCCUCAGGCUUCACCGGUCCACUCCUCUACUUCCACUGCAUUGUUUUGCCCUCCUUAAGUGUCAGAUACAUUCUUCUAUAGUCUCCAACAGUGCCUCCUGUGAGGUCCAAGCUAACAUGGACCUUGCAAACACUCCUUGCCCUUUCCUAAGGUGACUUCACUUUGGAAUUCCUGAAAAUAAUGGCUCAGGCCCAUUUAUUUGUCCUAUUCCAUUUGGUCAAAGUAUAUUCCAUUGUUCAAUCCUCGAUGAAUAUUCUGUAGGAUUACCAGAUCUUAAUUGCUUAUCAGAUACAUGUGCAAUUAAUUUUUAUUCUGGUUUUUUUCCUCUUUAAAAUUCUAAUAGUUAUAACCUCUAUGGUGUAUUUUGUCAUCUUGUAAAACCCCUGGUAAU